AUGUUAAUUGCUAAAUCGCCUACCGGUGAUUUUUUGGUACGAACCACCAAAGAUGGCGUAAAAGUAUGGGAACCAGCGUCAAAAACAGCACGGAAAAAGAACCAGAAACGAUAUGAGCAGGAAAUGCGCAAAGCCGAAAACAGCACUGCAAAGCAAGAAGAAGCACAGGCAGCUUUGGAGGAAUCGAAGAAAGUGCGCAUUGAGUUAGAUUCGAGUUUACCAUGUCUUUGCGGUUGCAAAAUCCGUGAUCUGGUGAAGCAUCGUGAUGAACGUGUCCGGAUCUGCGCAUGGGUCCAUCGAAUUCGAAGACAAGGAAAGGCACUAGCAUUUUUGGUUCUUCGUGAUGGGACUGGUUUCCUGCAGGCAGUACUGACCGACAAGCUGGUUUGUAAUUUUUUAUUUUAG